AUGGCGACGCUCUCCGGCGCAGAGCGCAUCCGCGCCAUCACCGACGAGGACGGCAUGUUCAAGGCCUUCGACACCUACCCCUGGAAGAAGGACAAGGCGUUUAUGUCCGGCCUGAACGCGAUCCUCGGCGACCCAAAUACCGAGAACCCCCGGGGGUCCCCCUCCGACCUCGCCAUCCACGCCCGCAUCUUUUACUACGCCCAGCGCAUCGGCGUCGCCAUCGACUUCGCUAGGUACCAAGACUGGAUCGCGAGGCACCCGGCCCACACGCCCCCCGACAUCCUGCCCGAGGAAUACAAGGCCCGGGACACGCGAGACGCUGCCUCGGCAGACGACAUCCCGGGCCUGACCUCGAAGCUGGGAGACCUGAGCACCGGCAAAGGAAAAGAAAAAGCCGCCGACGCCGACGUCGUCGCCGCCUCGGAAUCAACGCCAUCCUGGCAAGCAGCAGCCCCGAAGGCAGACCUAUACGUCGAGCGCAAACCGCCCUCACAAGCAGACGCCCCGUCCCCGGGGGGCGACGAGCCCGCGUACCCCAUUGGAUUCGCGCAGAUGCUGGAGAUGAUUCAAAAGGGGAUUCCUAUCCCUGGCAUCAGACAGAUCCCAGACACGGUCGUCAGAGACGCGUCUGUCAAACCAUUUGGAAAACGUGCGGUACCAAAGAAACCUUGGGAGAAGGAUACAUCGGCUGCAGAAGUCACCGCGGGCGAGGCCGAGAGGCAUCCUAUGGUUGAUGCUGAAUUCCCGCAAUUGGACGAUGUGGCAGCGCCCGUGGCUGAGAUUUCAACUAAAGAGACGUGA